AUGAUACUAGUCUGCUCUUUGAGACGCGCUACAGGUUACACCAGGAAUUGUUAUGCGUUCGCCAGUCGUUCCUCGCGAAGCCUUUUCGGUUGGAACUCAUCUCAAGCAGGUGAACAUGUGCAGCGGUAUACUCUAACGAAGAUCAUGAACGCUCCGCCUGAACAAGUGUAUAAUGUGGUCUCGGAAAUAUCCAAAUAUCGCGAUUUCAUACCGUACUGCGAGGACUCAUUUGUCAAUAAGCGGAAUCCAAUAGAUGGUAAACCGACUGAAGCAGGGCUGAGAAUCGGAUUUCGACAAUACGAUGAGAAAUACACUUGCAAGAUAAAAUGUACAAAAUUGAUAGAUGAUGGAGUAGAAACGUACAGGGUCAUAGCAGACUCUAUAACCGAAAGCUUAUUUCGAGGAUUGUGCACACGAUGGACGAUAAAACCUCACCCCGAGAGGCCUCAUGCUUCAAAAGUUGAACUGAUCCUCAGUUUCGAAAUGAGAUCUAGGUUAUACAAUAGUGUUUCUGCACUUUUUGCCAGUAGUGUUACAGAGUUGGCCAUGAAGGCCUUUGACAAAAGGGUCUUUCAGUUGAGAAGACAAGCAUUAAAGGCUAGCACUUUGAACAAAACAAGCUGA